ACAGUUUACCUCUAACUGGAAGUUCCAGAAGUGUUAUGAAGACAAUGAUAUUAUUUUCAAUAGCUAUGUGUGUUUUACCAAUAACAACAUAUUUUAUGUCUAAAGCUGUGAUAUUUGAAGGAAUAAUUGGACUGCCUCAUCAAAGUAGUUAUUUUUAUGCAGCAAUUUCCUCAAUAGUUGUGGUACAUAUAAUAUUAGGACUGUUUAUAUACGUAGCUUUCACAGAGGACAGUAAGCCUAUAGCAGAGUUCAAUAAGAGAGACUAGAUGCAAAAUAUCAUAUAUUAUAAUUUUUAAUGAACAAAUUUUAUGCAACUUGUAUAGCACAUGUUUGAUUGUACAUAAUCAUUAUCAUUUCAACAACAAUUCAAUGGUUAAUAUAAGCUCAUCUCAACUCCUGCUAUAUGUGCAUGUUAAGGGUAUUAAAUACUCACCAGGACACCUAAAUAGGAAAUGGGGGUGUAUGAAAAGUAAGUGAACUCACUGAACGAAGGAAGCAAACUUUGAGAAUAUUCUCUGCUCAUCUUUUUAAUUAGUACUCAUGCUGCCAUACAUGGUAUGGAAUUAGAAACAACUAAAUGCAACGAGUAACAAGUAACUGGUACUAGCAUGGUACGUUAGCUAACUAAACUGGAGAAGAUAUUUUAGAAACAAGACAUCAGUUCAAUGUCACAAAUAGGUCAACAUCAUUAAAAGGUUGACUUUUUGUCAGUAUGAAGUUGCUCAGUGGUUGUGUUGAAUUUUUCUAUGCAUGUUAAUAACUUUUCAUAGAACUUCUGUAUUCAACUGAUUUGGUUUCACAUAAUUUAGACACACUCAAACAGAUUAUGUUUUAUGAAAUAUUAAGAAUUUCAGAUUCAUUCCUUUAUUAAACUAAGUAACUUUUAAUUGCAAAUAUAAUGCAAGCAUAUAUGAUACCCUCCAGUAUAUCUGGAAUUUCUGUUACUGUAAAUAAGGCACUUCCCGUUCUGACUGCGAACUAUAUAAGUAAUUAUACGGUACAUCUGAAGCUGUAGACUUUGCUGAUGAGGUUAUUUGUACAGCUGCUCAAUUUUAUUUCUAUUCAGUUCUGUAUGGAAGGUAUAAUGGCUUUUCAUGUUCUUCAUUGCUAUUUCUUAAGUUUUAAUUCUUACAUCUAAAUUUGCACGCUAAAUUCACAAAAUCUUUAACACAUGAUUUCAGUGAUCUAUUAUGUCACAGUUGAACACAAUGAACCAUGAAAGUUUAUACUGACAUUAUUUUUCAGUUCUUGGUCAAUAUAAUAUUCAUCAGCUGGACUUACCAGGUGCCAUGACUAAAGAAUAGAACUGUUUAUAAGACGAUAUAUCCAAUUACUUACAUAUUUUUUUUAAAAAGUUUCUGGAUCUGAUUUUUUUUCAUUAAAAAAUGUAUUAAUAUUAAUUUAAUAUUCUUUCAUAUUCAAAUUACAUAAAAAGCAGGAUUUUCAAAAUAUUUCCCUUGUUCUUCCUAGAGUAAAAUUCUAAAAAAGAUUUGGUGGUGGCCCCUCCCAUCAACAGUAGACCUAUAGCGAGGCGUAUGCUCAGGGGUGUUUUCAAGACCACAUUGUACCCAUUCCAGCUUAUUUUCCUAUUUUGGUUGUUGUUAUUGGACGCUUACCAUAAAUACAAAAUGCAG